AGGAAGGUACUUUUGUUCUGAUAUAUGCGUCCAUUAAGUAAUUUGAUUUAUAAUUUCAAGUACAAAUUUAAUAUUUCUAUAAAACUGUAGUUUGUGAUUCGACAAAAUGGGUCGUGGUCCUAAGAAGCAUAUGAAGCGUAUUAACGCUCCAUCCCAUUGGAUGUUAGACAAAUUGACAGGAAAGUAUGCACCUAAGGCAUCUCCUGGCCCUCAUAAACUGCGCGAAUGCUUGCCAUUGUUGGUUUUGUUGCGUAAUCGUCUCAAGUACGCAUUGACAUAUGACGAAGUUAAGCUUAUUGUUAUGCAAAGGCUUGUAAAGGUUGAUGGUAAGGUCAGGACCGACAUUACCUACCCAACUGGUUUUAUGGACAUUGUAUCUCUCGAUCGUACCAAUGAGUUUUUCCGCAUGCUUUAUGACACCAAGGGUCGCUUCUGUCCUCACAAGAUCACCCCCGAGGAGGCUUCCUACAAGCUUUGCAGGGUAAAGAAGACCUUUUUGGGUCCCAAGGAGGUAAAUAUCGCCAUCACUCAUGAUGGUAGGACUAUUCGUUAUGUACACCCAGAAAUUAAGGCUGGUGACUCUGUUCGUGUUGAUCUUGCCACUGGAAAGAUCCUCGACUUUUUGAAGUUUGAGAUUGGAAACUUGGUCAUGGUUACCGGUGGUCACAACGUCGGAAGAGUUGGUACCAUUGUGAACAAGGAGAAACACCCUGGAAGCUUUGAUUUGAUUCACAUUAAGGACUCUCAGGACAGCACAUUCUCUACCAGAAGUUCCAAUGUGUUUGUUAUCGGUCUUGGAUCUCAACCCUAUGUUUCACUUCCAAGCGACAACGGUAUUCGCAAGUCAAUUAUCGAACAGCGCGCAAUUAGAUUGGCUAAAGCAGCUCGUGCCCAUUAA